GCGGAGCCGCGAGUCGAGCCGAGCCUCUGCCCCCGCUGCCCGCCGGCGCCGGGUAGGGGUCCCGGCGGCUGGAUGGGCAGCGGCGGCUCGGGCCGCGGGCGGCGAUGGGCGAGGAGCAGAGCACGGUGAGCGGCGGCGGCGGGCCCCGGGAGGCGCGGACUCCCGCUAGUGGCGCCGCGGGCCAUCCCGAGCCCCCGAGGCCGCCGGGGGACAGCGCCGGGGCGCCCGGGCCGCGCACCGCCUCCGCGGAGCUGAGCGGCCGCAGCUGCGGAAGCAACUCGGGCUGCGCGGAUACGAGCGCCCCGGAGCCAGAGAGGAGCCGGGGAACUCCGAGCUGGAGGAAAAGCCACGCGCCGGGUCAACCCUCGGGACUGGCCCUCACCGGGCCCCUCAACCCCCAGGCUUUGCAACAGCAGCUGGCCAAGGAGGAGGAGGAAGCGAGGAGCCGAAACGAGGGAGGGGAUGAACAGCAGGAGGCGCCCCCGGGCGAGGAGUCCGAGCCCCGGACCCGCGUCGGGGUCCCGGACGGACUGGUCCUGGACGUGCUAGGGCAGCGGCGCCCGCCUCCCGCCAAGAGACAAGUCUUCUGCUCUGUUUUCUGCGUGGAGAACGACCUGCCCGAGGUCCCCUCGGCGGAGCGGCUUUCGCUGACCGCGUCGUCGCCACCUCGGGCUCCUCCAGUGAUCAACCCUCCCAGCACCCCCUCCUCCUUCCCUAGCCCCCCGCUGUCUCUCCCAACGGACCCCCUGUCUCCCGACGGCGGCAGCAUCGAGCUGGAGUUCUACCUGGCGCCCGAGCCAUUCUCCGUGCCCAGCUUGCUGGGAGCUCCACCCUACUCUGGCCUGGGUGGGGUCGGGGAUCCCUAUGCGCCCCUUAUGGUGCUGAUGUGCCGGGUGUGCCUGGAAGACAAGCCCAUCAAGCCCUUGCCCUGCUGCAAGAAGGCCGUGUGCGAGGAGUGCCUCAAAGUCUACCUGAGUUCCCAGGUACAACUUGGCCAAGUGGAAAUCAAAUGCCCUAUAACAGAAUGUUUUGAAUUCCUGGAAGAAACAACAGUUAUCUAUAACUUAACACAUGAAGACUCCAUCAAAUACAAGUACUUCUUGGAACUUGGCCGUAUUGAUGCCAGCACCAAGCCAUGUCCUCAGUGCAAGCACUUUACAACCUUCAAGAAAAAAGGACAUAUUCCCACUCCUUCCAGAUCAGAAAGCAAAUACAAAAUCCAGUGCCCCACUUGCCAAUUCGUCUGGUGUUUUAAGUGCCACUCCCCUUGGCACGAAGGUGUUAACUGCAAGGAGUACAAAAAAGGAGACAAAUUGUUGCGUCACUGGGCCAGCGAAAUUGAGCAUGGGCAGAGGAAUGCCCAGAAGUGUCCAAAGUGCAAGAUCCACAUCCAGAGAACUGAAGGGUGUGACCAUAUGACCUGUUCACAGUGUAACACUAAUUUUUGUUAUCGAUGUGGGGAGAGAUACCGCCAACUCCGUUUCUUUGGAGACCACACAUCAAACCUCAGCAUAUUUGGAUGCAAAUAUCGCUACCUCCCAGAGAGACCUCAUCUAAGGAGACUAGUGCGAGGGUCAGUCUGUGCUGGAAAAUUAUUUGUUGCACCUCUAAUCCUGGUUUUGGGAUUAGCACUAGGGGCCAUAGCAGUUGUCAUCGGUUUAUUUGUAUUUCCUAUCUAUUGCCUUUGUAAAAAACAGAGAAAACGAUCACGGACAGGAAUGCACUGGUAAAUGUGGUUGAUUUCCUGCACCUACACUGAUCCAGGUGGGAGCUCCACAGAAUUGGACAGCAGCCCGGGAGUUAGAGCUUGAAAACCGCCGACAGAAACCGCCGUCUCUUGGCCCCAUGCAUCUCCGCAGGCCUCUUUGACUCUAGCCGCGGUGCAUUCCUCACAUGGUAUCCUGUCCUUUCCUUAUACAGAUUGCUGCUUUUACAAAACGGUCACUUUCAUAGACUCUAAACGUCUGUAUCAUAACUCUGAUCUUCUUAAUGGUUCUUGGAAGAAAAUGUUUUAAUUAGAACCAGUUAUCCUCAGACCUGUCCGAGCAGGCGUCUCCUGGGCCCUGCCUCAACUGUCUUAUUCCCAUACCUCCCCGCAGGCCCUCUUCCGAGACUUGUGUGAGUAACUGAAGUUCCAGUUGUACCAACGAGCAAGGCCACUUUUCAGAAGAUGAAGACUCACUGUGUACACCUGUUGUCAUCUGUGGCCCAAGCAGUAGAGUUUUUUCAUCCUGCAGAUGCUAGAAUCAUUAAAAAAAUCUCAAUGCCCAAAAGGAAACUAACGAAACUAAAUUAAUAAGAAGAAUCACAAGUAACUGAAGUGUAUAUGUGUAGGGGUGUGAAUGUGUGUAUAUAUACAUAUCAAUAUGAAAACUCAGUCCAAUACCUUGUACUUGUCAAAUUCCAUGCCUCUACACUAUUUUUCCAUAUUUUCAUAAAUAUAUUUAAUGGUGAUCGUUCCUUUGUGGGCAUAAUUUGGUAAUGUACUGAAUUAAAGUCAAAGUCAACAUAGACCACGAACUGUUUUGAUGUUGACCCUUUCCUAUGCCUUGCUCUCUGUCUCAGACACACACAGAAAUUUGUGCAAUGUCACCUCCUCAAGGAUUAUCAAACUUUAUAAACUGACAAAACUUAUAGGCUGCUUCUAGGAAAUUCUCAAGACCUGAAUGUUCAGUCUCUUCAGAUUUCUUACAUGUUGGCAUACUUGCUUCACUCAGUAGUUAAUUUAAAUGACUUUGCUGCAGAGAGAACUGCUGAGACCUUUAAACAAACCCCUAUUCUGCUAUUAUUUUAACAAUCUAGUGAUUACAUAAAUAUGCUUUAGGUUAAGCAUACAAUACUAUCUCAAACCCCACCCUCUUCUCUCUCCCCUUUCUCUCUCUCCCCCUCUUUUUUAUUUGUCCCCAAGUUUAUCAUAAAAACAAAUACUAUGUUUGAAGGAUUUUUUCUUAUGUUUACUGCUCAAAUGCAUAAUAAUGUGUUGGUAUUUUCUUAUGGAGGGUGAUUUGAAACAAAACUUUUUGUGUUCAUGGCUUUAUCUAAAAUAUAAACUGCUUUUGGAGAAGGAAAGAAAAAAAUGAAGGAAAUACUUUCAGGAUGUUUUACCAAGCUGAGAAGUUUUUUAAAAAAUAAGGAAAGGACAAGUAAUCUAUGAUUUUUUUUUUUUUUUUUUUUUUAGUUUGUCUUUAUCAUGAAUGUUUAUCAGCAGAAGGGAAGUAAAGACUUCUAAGAAGCCUAAAGUUUCCACUUGUUUCCAAAUCUAUAACAGUAGCUAUUGGCAUAGAUGCAGCAUUUAUUUGUUAAUAACUUUUUCUGAAUUUAAAUAGAUUAUGUGAUAAAACAUGCAUUAACAUGGAUAGUUUGUCUUUCUGGGUUCCAGAUUAUAAGAACAUUUAUCAUUUUUAUUUGACCUAAAAAGUCCAUGAUAGUGAAGUUUGCUUACCUGGAUAACAAGCCAGCACUUCAUUCUUUCUGACUAAAACUCAGAAGAGCUAUACUGCUGGACUAAUCUAUUUCUAGUUUGAGGAGGGUGUGCCAUUUAUGGUCGUGGAAUAGCAUGUUUCUAAAGCAUAACAUGAUACAAGAAGAAGUAAUGCUCUAGUUUCAAAAAUUCAUCUUUCCAUUCAUCCAGCCAUCUAUCCACCCAACAAAUAUUUAUUGAGUGCCUACUGUACGUGUUCUAGUAUUGAAAUGAGAGAAUUUCUAGCCCUAAAUCUGUGUAAUUCUGUCAUAAAAGUGCUUGAUUUUUAUAAAUUGGUCUUAGCUCUUAGUUUGAUGAUGUGUGAGAUGAUGAAUUCUAAACCUAGUGGAUGUGUUUGUGUGGAAUAUGUGUAAGUAUAUAUAUUUAGAUAUACACAUAGCUGCAUAUGAAUACAUAUAUACCAACUAGCUAAAUAAUAUACUCUCUGGUCCUGGAUAAUCUAUUUUCUUAGGUUAUUGUCUCUGUUGUCUUUGGCCUACUCAGGGAUUUUUAUUCCUUUCUUUGAAUAACAUCACUUGGAGAUAUUUUUAUAUUAUUUGGAAAUGUUCCAAUUUUCCAGUUACACAGUGGCAUCUGUUGUCAGUGAAGGUUCUUUUAUCAGCGCCAGCGACAGUGUGCAGUUUUGCACAGGAUUUUCAUUUUUCUAUUGCAUAGAUUUAAAAAAAAUUAAUGUAUGCAUUUUUUGCUUUCAAAGUUGGUAUAUAUCAGGCCUUUCCCUGCUAGUGACUUAAAGAAGUUAUUUGCGCAUUUUUUUUUUACUAAGUAUCAUUACAAUCUUAAAAAGGGAGAAGAAAAAUAGAAGAGAUUAUCUAUAUGUUAGUGCCAACAUUGAAGGUAAAACAAUUGUACCUUUUGAGAGAAAUUCUAAAAACGGCUUUGGAAAAAAAAGCAGGCACAUAAAGUAAGUAUCUUUUUAUCCAAGGCUUGUCCUUUUUAUAUGUUUUCAUUGUAAAUUUAAUAUAUGCUUGUUAAAGGAAAUCAAACCAUAUGGAAUUAUAAAGUACUAAUUCCUCUGCUUUUCCCCACCCCUUAUUUUCUAGGGGUAACCACUGUUAAUGGUUUGGUAUACAUCCUAGAUACUUUCUACAAAUAUACUAAUAAGUAAAUAUGUGUGUGUAUGUACGCAUAUCUGUGUAUUUAUUAGUUUUGUUAGUCUUGUACAAAUAGAACAAUAAUAUUCUUACUGUCCUGUGACUAUUUUUCAUUUUACUAUGUAUUGGUAGACACCUUUCCAUAAAAGUUUAAAUAGAUUUACCUCAUUCUUUUGUAAAUCACUACAUACUCCAUCGUGGGGCUGUACUUUUUAUUUAAUUAGUCCCCUAUUGAAGACAUCAAGAUUGUUUUCACUUCUCUAUUACAAAGCAUUAGUGAAGAUCCUUUACAUAUAUUUUUGUCACUACGUGAACAUUUUCAAAAGUUUUUAAAUUUGGUUUUUAUAUUUGUAAUAAAAUUUUAAUGCAUUUUCAAUGAACACGAUCAUAGAGAUAAUAUAUUUGAGACCCUUUUCUAGGAGAAAAAAAAUGUGUAAAAGUGCAUAAUUUUUAAAGAAAAGCAAGCAUCUUUUGCAGGAUAAUUUCGCCCUGUGCUUUAUUAGCCAAAUAAGUAUCUUGCCGACACCUAUUAAAAAAUUCAUCUUAUUCCAGUGAAAAUAAAAUGAGGUGAGAUGUCUGCAAGAUAAUGUGAGAAAGAUGCAUUGAUGUUUGGGUUGCCUAGUUUUAAAACUUGAGGGAUUUAAACGAAGUAGCCAAAGUGAUCAUGUUGGUCACAUUUUUAAAAACACUGUCCAUGUUCAUGCAUGUUGCUCCACAAGGAACUUAAUUAUGCCAUUGUGAAAAGUAGGAAGCAAUAUGUUGGUAGUUAUGAAUGACUGCAUUAUCCAUAGAAAAAUUAAUUUGACUGUAUAUAAGGUUUGGUAGUUUGGUGGAUGAUCAUAAAUCUGGAAUAACAUGAAACAUUUACAGUGAAUCCAGCAGUUCACUAAGAACUUCUGUAUGUGGAGUUAAGAAGAGGGGACAAACCUUUUGACACAAACAACAUUCUGUGCCACCACCUUGCUUUUCUGAUAGGUGCUAUUGGAUCCUAACAGUAGAACAGACUGGAAAACAAUCACAGAUAAUUAAACACCAGUCAGGUUAAAAACAAUCAAAGCUAAUUAAACCUGAUAGCUUUAAUUGUACUUUCCUUGCUAUGAUAUCAGGAUUCAGUGGUGCCUGUCAGGAAAUUCCCUGUGCGUGUCACCUAUCACUUCUUGAGUCCCAAGGCCCCAGAUGAGCCCUUAUCUUUCUGUCCUACCACCCAACUAGGUGGCCCAUGGCUCCCCUUGAAGACCUUCCAACUAUUCUUUGAGUCCCUGGUGACCCUCCCCAACCUCAUUUUUUUUUUUCCUCCACUCCUCUGAAACUCUGGUCAGGUCCUCUACACUGGAAAAAAGGAGGAGAGACAGGAGGAGGUUAAAAAAAACUCACUCGCAUGUGCAAAGCACUAGCUUUCCUUCUGGAUCUUUGUCGAAAGUACAUCUGCCAACACAUGGAUCUAGUUUCUCCCCUGUUAAACAAUGCAGUUGUUUUUAACAUUAGGCUUUUAUGCUGUCAAAUUCAUACCUAUAAAAAUGGCCUAUAUAUUAUUAAUUGGCAUACUUCAUUAAGUACCAAAAUUUAAAGAUUCAUGCCAAAUGCCAUUUUAUAUUUGAAUUUUGUAAGCAAGCUAUGCAUAUGCCUUCCUGUGAGUCUUCCCAUUGGAUUGUAUGCUUAGCCUCUCAUAUUUAUCUAUCCCAACUAUUGAAAUCUAUCCCAACUAUUGAAAGUAAUCUUUCCUGUGGUCAGCUUUAUUGUUUUGUGUUAAUACCUAUUAUAAAUAUAGCCUUAAGAUCCAAUAAUGCACUUUAGAAUACUUGUGCCAUUUGGGUACUUUGACAGCAUUGAAGAAACUAAUUACAAUAUUUUAAUGGAGACAGUAGAAUAACAGUAUUAGAAAGUAUAGGUCCACCUCUUUAAAUUUGGUCGCAGAGUAGGGGGGUGGAAUCAGAAGCUAAAAAUUUAAAAUAUACCUGAAAAAAACUCAAGUUUCUGAAAUUUUAGUAAUCCUAGAAAUUGGUUAUUAGGAGCUAAACAUAGCAAGUAAUCAAUACUUGUUACCUAAUAACUUAGUUGGAAUAUUUGUUUAAAAUAUUAAUUUCUACUGCACAGUUUUAGCUGCAUUUUUAUUUUCCAUGAAAUCUGUAAAAUAAAUUACACUGACUAGUAAAUCAAAACUACUCAACAACCAAGUUGAGCAUAUUUUGUUUUUCAAAUCAUUGUAUUUUAAUGAUGCCAUUUUCCCUCCUCUGGAAAAUAAGUUGCAUAUCCCAUUUUAAUCUGAAUAUCUAUAAUUAUCACUUUAAGAAAACUGAAGUAAUUUCAUAGAUGCAUUCAAAUAUGGUCUGAACAAAAUCAGAGUUCCAAAUUUGGGGAGUAUUCAAGAUUAUGAAAUGCUACCUUUUCAAUGCAAACCAGGAAUGCAAACUUUUAAAAGAGAUGGGGCCUCCUUUGUAAGUGAUCUAGAGGGUAGAACCAAUACGCAUCUCAUGGCCAACUGUGGUAGGGGCUUUUACGGUACAUCAUUAUUCUGAGACUGGAACUUUGGUCACCUUUGUCAAAAUCCAAGAAGCAGAGUCACAGUGGUGUGAGGCUUAACUGUCUCUUUGGAGCAUUAUCUGAAGGCUUCAUAUAUAACACAACUUACAUACAUACCCUCAUACACAGUGCCAAAUUUAGCAGCAUGUAAUUAUGUGUAUCAUAAACUAUAUUAUUUUUUAGCUAAAGAAGUGACUAUUUUGGAGUUCCCAUUGUGGCUCAGCAGUAACAAACCCAAAUAGUAUCCAUGAGGACGUGGGUUAAAGAAUCUGGAGUUGCCAUGAGCUGUGGUGUAGGUCAUGGACGUGGCUCGGAUCUUCCAUUGCUGUGACUGUGGGGUAGGCCAGCAGCUGUAGCUCUGAUACAACCCCUAGCCUAGGAACUUUCACAUGCUGUGGAUGUGGCCCUAAAAAGACCAAAAAAAAAAAAAAAAAAAAAAAGUGACUAUUUUGAAAAUAAUACGUUUUUUAAAGGCAAUAAAUUAAAAAAAAAAAAAAUAGGUUGCCACUGCCUUUUUUCCCAUUGGCCUCUUCCUUUUAGCUUAUAAGAGAAAUUUAUUACAUGUAUGUAACUCUGCAUCACUUAGAUUACACAGAUUUAUAAGCAUAGAAAACAUUUUUUUGUUUUGUUUUUCAGGUCUGUUCUACAUUUUUGUCACUGUUCCAUCGUCUUAAAUGACUUUUUACCUCCUUGUGAAGUGAUACUCACAUACUUCAACAUCAAGUUUCUGUUUUCUUCAUAAAUUUCCUCAUUAUCUUGCUUUUUCCCUCUGUAGUCCCCUUCCCAUCCUGACCACAUGUAGGAUAAACUCUGUCUCACCGAUAACUCUUUUGACUCUAAUGAAAUGAAAUUCAAACUGAAAGGACCACCAGGACCCUGGUCCUGGUAGUAAACAUAAUUUACUUUGGCUUUUUUUAUUUGUAAGUCUAAACAUCUCAGGAAUAUUUGGAACACUGUCCCUCUUCUUGAUAGGAGUUGGAGAACCCUUGCUCUCUGACAAGAAGUAAGAUGAAUGAGAAGAUGCCAGUUGGAUCAGAGAGCCUAGAAAUACUCUAAAACCAAGUUUCAGAAAUUGCUUCAUGACUAUUGUAAGGUCAAUAUUGUGUUUGCAUAUUAGUUGGACAGAAAGUAUGUGUGGACAUUCAUCCAAUCUGGCCCCAGGUCAUUCUUGAUGCAUCUAAAAUGUCCAAAUGUGUGUUUGGGGGUCUUUGAACAAAAAUCCCACAGGUUGGACUUGGGGCUGGAUUUAUAAUAGUGUAGCAUUUGUAUGUAAGACUUGACCAUGGAUUCUAACUCUGUGAACAGUUAGACUUAUUGACCAUCUAAAGUAGAUGGCCUUGAAAUGUGACUGAUAUUAGCCCUAUUCUAGAUAAACCUUUUGUCAUUUGCCAGUGUUCAACUUUUUCAUUGAUAUGAUAUAGAUAUUAGCCACACUUGAGAUAUAUUUAGUAUAGAUUUAUUAAAUGAUAUGGAAAUAGUCAAGGGAGUACCAAAAUUGGGUGUUAAAAAGCCCCAGAAAUUGAGGAGAUGAUGUCCCUUCGGAUUCUUCCAUGUAGCUGACAAAAUGCUGUUUUUCUCGGUUCCCCGUAAAGUUGGGUGUUCACCUUAUGCCCCAGCUAGAGAAAUAGUCUCAAUGAUCCAGUCAAGUUCUUAAAAAUAAUAUUUUAUCAUUAACAUAUUACUUUCUCUAUAUCCAAAUAUACUUUUAUUGUUUCUUUAGAGUUAAUAGUAUCUAAAUAUUUGGUAUAAAUAUCUGAAUUUUUUCAGUUUAUACAAAAUUAGCAUGCUUUAUGUUCCUUUAUAAAGAAAAUUCUAGAUAAAGUAUAAUUUUUUAUCAGCUGUUUUGAAAUCCUUUUUCUAAGACCUAUUUUUUUAGGUUCCAUAUAGCAAUAGCUUAAUUUUGUUUGAUCAUUUUCAUCUAAUUAAAGUUCUGUAGAUCAUCUUGCAAAAAGUAAACAAACCAAUUUUAUAUUUCAUGUGAAACCUAGAACACUAAUUGGUAUAUAUGUAUAAAACUACCCUGACAAGGACAAUCCAUUACCAAUUUUUAAUAUGAAAAUUAAUUGACAAUCUUAUUGCUUAUGAAAGAAAUUAUUAACUUAGUAAGUAGUAAAUUCUAAGAGAUCACAGAAAUAAUCUUGCAUAGAAGGAAUGCAAAAACAGUGGCUUAAAGAUUUAUGUUAACGUAUUAUUUAUUAAGAAGCCACAACUGUUAGUUGUUUUGUUUCUGUUUUAAAGAAAAUUGAUUAUAAGAUAUAUUCAUGAAACAAAUAUAUUUAUAUGUAUAUAUAUAUUGCAAAAUUGUGGGCCUAUUAAAUUAUUCAUAUUUUCUUUCUCACAAAGAAUUUAAAUUGCUAAAAAGAAAACAUUUGGGUGUUUAAUCUGCCAUUACUGUAUAUCUAGAAAUUAUAGUUCUAAAGAAUAAUUGUCUGUUUGAAUUACCAGAAUACAAUCCAUUUUAAUUAUUUUUUCUCAAACAAUAGCAAAUGAGAAUUUCUUAAUUUUAAGAUGAAUGACUUUCACUAGUAGUUUGUUCCAGAUUUUGUCCAUAGUUUCAUUACAUGUUUUACAUUUUUCUGUAAAGUUUGUAGCCAUUUUACAAAUAACGUCAUAAUAUUUUUCAUAUUUAUAUACAAGCCUGGUUGAAAAGAGAUUUUCCUUACUUUUUCAAUGAUAAGGAAAAUACUUAUGUAAUUUUAUUUUUUAACUUUUUCUACAUUUCAUUAGUCAUAUUAUUAACUUUGGUAUUCAUAAAACUAUGUGGAGGAAACCAUUUUAAAUAUAUUUUUGGAAAGAGGCAUGUAGAAAUAAAAUAGAAAAUAUUAAUAUUCUUUUGUAGAAAUGCCUAAAAGAAAAGUGGAAGGGAAAAAAUAAUUCUGUUGAGACAAAAAUGUUGAAAAAUCAGGAGUGUUUAAGACCUUAAUUUCUUCCAUUUUUAGAGUACUCUUCUUAUUUCCAAAUGAUUAUUUCAUGCUGUUGGUUCUGUGAAUUGUGCUUUUUACAUAAUAUAUAAUUCCCCCCCAACAUUUUAGUGUCUAUACAUUCAUGUCUGAAAAAUAAAGAAGAAACUAGUGAAUAAAAGUCAGAGAAACUGGGUGUAUUACCAUUUUCCAAUAGCACUAAUGUAUAGACCCUUGAACCUUCCGUAUGGUGCUUUGUGUGAUGAGAGUAUAAAACAUUUAUAUAUAUAUAUAUAUAUAUGUUAUUAGUGCCUUAUUUUUUUCACUUGACUUUAUUUCUUAUCUAAAGAGCCAUAUAUUCUUUGUGAGUGUUCCUUUGUCCUCUUUUUAAAGUGCUGAUGAGACCAUGUAUCUUUAGGUAUAUAUACGUAGGCAUCUAUUACCUUCAUUCACUAUAGUCUCUCUAGAACAGCAGGUUAGCCAACAUAGUUUUCUUACAAUUCAUUGUUCAUUUUUAAGCUAAAGUAUCAAAAAAGAUCUUAAGCACCAUAAAUUGAAGCCAUUAUAAUUGAAUUGUAUUUUUAAACUACCAUAAAGAAUGCCCAUUUUUAAAGUUUAAAGCGAAUUGGAAUGGCCAUCAGUCUUCAUCUAUAGCUCCAAUUAGGACAAAAUUUACUUUUUACAAAAAGCAUUAAAUAUAAAAAUAAUUAUAUGGUACUUUGGGAUUUUGACCAGUUCCCUGCCAUUUGUCUUUGGUAAUAUUUUAUCUGUAUUCUACUUCCACACAGAUGUUAGAGAACAAAGGUGUUUGCCAUUGACCUGGAGUGUUUCAUUCACAGUGGGCUUUAUCAAUAUUGAGACAUUUUGUACAAUAUAUUAUCUUGCUCUUCUUGGUCUUUGCCUUUUGUGUUAGUUUUAUACAAAAAGAUGGUUUUGUUGUAUUCUUCAUGUACCAUAGUAUGUAAUUCAGCAUUUCCUGAUGAAUGUAUAAUGGAUAAUUAAAAUAAAUCAUUUGCUUAGAAAAGACAAAGACACAGGUUGUAUAUGCAAAUAUGUGUAAAUAUUUGACAAAGAAAAAGAAAGGAAAAGAAUCUUCCUGCCAACAGAUAUGUCCUGCUGGACAGGACGUGGAAAUUAACAGAUUUUUUUUUAAGCCGUGAAAUUUAAAAAUCUAUUACCUCAAGAAUUUUCAGUGGAUAUGUAUCAGUGUACUGCACCUUAUCAGUAAACACAGUCCCAGUUGCUGCUGGCAGUAAAAGCAACCCAAGUGUCAGAUCACACAAAUUAUAGGGGCAUGUCUUUCAAAAGAUGGAUAACGUGUGCUAUUUUGGAGUCCAAUUUCUAUAACAUCCCUCUGGCUUUUGGUUGUGGUUGGGCUUCUAUUUUUUAAUUGUUUUUGGUUGAUUGUUUUAGGACAGAAGGGUAAUCUUAAUUAUGAGAUGAGAUCUCAUGGAGGAUUGUAACAAUAUUCACUCUACUUGGAUGCAACCUAUAGUGGAAACAACUACUUUGACUGUCACUGUAUGAAUUGUAUGGAUUCCUGUGGAGGGCUGUUUACUCGCAUGAUGUGUGCAAGACCUCAUGCAGCAUCAUCUAGCAAUGCCUAAUAAAAGUUUUCAAAAUAGAA